AUGACAUCUGAAGUUACACAACAAGCUGUAAAAGUUAAAGUAGAGCGUAGGGCUUGGAGUGAUGAAGAGUUUAAUGCGUUAUUGGAUUACUUGGAAGAGGCUGUUGCUAAUAACAAAAGGUGUGACGCUGGGCAAUUUAAAAGUGGUACUUUUAAAUGGUUGGAGCAAAAAUUAGAAGCCAAGUUCCCUACAGCAGGCUUAAAGGUGAAACCGCAUAUUGAAUCCAUUGUUAGGAGGCUUAAAAAUGAGUAUAAGGAAUUAUAUGACAUGCUGAACACAAGUGGUUUUGGAUGGGAUGAAGUGAACAAGAAAAUUCUUGUUGAUAGCGAUGAUGUUUGGAAUUCCUACAUUCAAGCUAACAAGAAAGAUAACAUUGUGAAGAAUUAUAGGAACAAAGUGUUUCCUCAUUUUGACCGGUUGGUGAUAAUUUUUGGGAAAGAUCGUGCCAAUGGGAAAGGUGCAGAAGAUCCCGCUGAUGUUGUUGAGGACCUGGACAAAGAAGUUAAUACUCAUGGGAACAAUAUUACUGAUGAACAUAUGGAGGAAGUUAUUGGGUUAAGUGAUGAAGAUAUUCAAGAUGUCACUCAAACAAUUUCCACUAAUCAAAAUAAAGUUAAGGAGAAAAUUACUCACUCUGAAGGUCGCAGGGCAAGAAAAAGGUUAAAAGGAGAAGAUGCAAUUGCCAACAGCAUGGAUAAGUUUGUUGACCAGCUAGUGGAAGUUGUUGGAAAGUCUGCAGAUAGGAUGGGACAAAUGGCUGAAAGUGUCAAGUGCAUGGCUGAAGGUGUUAAAGUUGUGAAAGACUUUUAUAAUGAUUCAAGGGGAAUUGCUGAUGAGUUGAUGAAAUUGGAAGAUCUCACACCUAAGGAGCGCAACAAGGCUGGUCGUUUGCUUAUGCAAAACCUCCCAAUGGGGUAUAAACAAGUAGCCUGUGAUAUUGACUGUGAGGAGUUAGUCACAAUCCUUGACCGCACCCAUCAGGACCUUGUUCUUCACCAUCCUCAGGUUCUUGUGCUCAGGGAAAUCAUGAAACUUAUGACUCGGGAUUGGAGAGUGACCGUUAACUGGGUGCAUCGUGAUGGUAAUGCAGCUGCAGAUUGA